AUGAAUCUCCAUCUUUGCAACAACGUUGUUCCUUUGGAUCUGCAGAUCGAGAUUCUUAGCCGGUUGCCUACUAAAUCCGUAGCUAGGUUUAUGCUCGUAUCAAAAUCAUGGCCAAAAAUCAUUAACAGCAAGAGUUUCAUCAGGUUAAGAUCCUUGACUCAGCCUUUGCGUUUCCUACUCACUUUACACGAUACAGAUUACCAAACUCGAUGCAUAAACUGCAGCUUCUUCUCUUCUUCUUCGCCGAUAUCGUCGUCAUCAACAUCGAUACCAACCAUUUUUCUAUCCACAAUAAUUCUUCCUCUCCAUGAAUCCUCUUACCCUAGUUAUCACGUUAAUGGUUUGCUGAACAUUGGAGAGAUCAUGUGA